CAGGCAUUAGUGCACAUCUCUGCCUCACCAGCCCCAUUCAGAGCUCCACUGACAGAUGAGAAAGUGACAGCUGCGGACAUCAGAGCCUGUUUGGAUCUUGAAUGCUGCCUGCGACUCACUGAAGAUCCUGAAGCUGCCAGAAUCAAGAUGAGGCUGAUGCCAAUCGUAGUCACUGUGGUGUUCACGGUGGCUCUGGCUUAUUACAUCUACACCCCGCUGCCUGAUGCCAUCCAGGAGCAGUGGAAGUUGAUGAUUCUGGAUGCUAGCUUCAGGACAGCCAUGCACCUGGCCUCUUUGAAACACUGGCUGGGCAUCGACCACUACAUCACAUCUAUCAGGGGCUCCAUGGCGGUGUUCGAGGGCACGAUAAAGGGGUUCAGUAGCUCCGAAUCCGACAGUGUGGUCAUCCCAGGAGUGAAAGUUAGCGAUAUCGACUUCGUCGGCAUCCCGGUGCGGCUUUAUGAGCCUCCGGCUGGAGGAGAGGGUCAUCUGAGACGAGGGCUGAUGUACUUCCAUGGAGGUGGCUGGGCCCUCGGCAGCGGCAAGAAAGGCUCAUAUGAUGCCAACAGCCGGAUCGUUUCAGAUGAGCUCAACACCGUUGUGGUCUCUGUUGAAUAUCGUCUGUAUCCAGAGGUGCACUUUCCAGUGCCGUAUUUAGACUGCCUCGCUGCUGCCAAACACUUCCUGUCUCCAGAGGUUCUUGCCAAGUAUGCGAUUGACCCUGAACGUGUAGCGGUGGCAGGAGACAGUGCUGGAGGAAACCUGGCUGCUGCAGUCGCUCAGGCGAUUUCCCUAGAUGACAGCAUGAGUGUGAAAUUCAGCGUCCAGGCUUUGAUCUAUCCAGUGCUCCAGGCUCUGGAUUUCAGCACACCCUCCUACAUACAGAACCAACAUAUGCCAAUCCUCCCCCGGACUCUAAUGGUGCGAUUUUGGCUGCAGUACCUCGGCGCUGACCUCUCCCUGCUGCCUCAGCUCAUGGUGAACAACCACAGUGCCUCACAUCACUCAGCUAUCACCCCAGAGCUGAGAUCACGAGCAGACUGGACUACCCUCCUUGCUCAGAAAUACAAGAAGAACCACAGGCCUGUCGUUGCAGAGAAAGGAUCAAACGAGGCUCUGAAGGUACCGGGGCUGCUGGAUGUGCGGGCAUCGCCUCUGCUGGCCGGACCUGAGGUGUUAGCUAAAUGCCCUCGUGCAUACGUGAUAACAUGCGAGUAUGAUGUGUUGAGGGAUGAUGGGCUAAUGUACGCUCGCCGCUUACAGGAUGCAGGAGUCACGGUCACCAACGACCACAUCGAGGACAGCUUCCAUGGAGGUUUCAGUCUCACUGUGUGGCCGAUGGAGUUUGAUGUAGGAAAGAGGAUGUUCAGGGGUUACCUCAACUGGCUGCAGAACAAUUUAUAAGAGCGUGUGUGUUUGAGUACUGGGUGCAUGCAUGUAUGUGUGUGUGUUUCACUUAUACAAAUGCACUAGCCCUUGUUUUGUGACUCGCUAAAGGGCUUGGAAAUGUUCAGAACUGUAACUUCUCAGCUCAGGGCCUCCAUGUAUCUGCAUAUUACUGUAUACACUCAGUCCAUGUGAACUUUUUAUGAAAUUUAGAAGCAGCCUGCUGGCAACAUCAACAUAGUUAACACUGGGACCAGCUAAUAAAGAGAAAUGCUUUAAAGUACUUCUACAGCCACAAGCUUUCCACGAAUGGGUAAAUUAAUCAGCUGCUUCCACUGGGAGGCACCACAUUAAUACACUCAUUCAUGUCCAGACCACGAACACAUGAGCAAUAAAUGUCCCAAGAGUAAUUUAUUUUAAACAUUGCUUUUUAAAUAAAAGCAUGAAUAGAUCAGAGCCGCCAGCCUGUGUUCACAGUGGUUUGAGCUUUUUAUAGCACUAUGAUGUAACAUCAGUAUGUUAAAUGUCGUCAAAACAUCUCACAAAUUAAGAUUCUACCAGUGAUAAAAUGUAUAAAACUGAGUGCAUUCAAGGCUAUUUCAACACUUUUAUCAAUGUUCAAUAUUCAGUACAGUAUUGACAUUUGUGGUAUGGAGUGAAAUCGCUCCAGAAAUUUGGGACUGAUUUCCAAACAAUUUUGCAGAUAUUUGCUCUCCUAUGAGAAUAAUUUUAAACAGGCGCGAUGAUCCCUUAUCUUUCCAUCUAGUGUCAAGUCAAAACUUAAAUUUGUCCAGUAGUUUGGUUUAUGGUUAAAUACAUGCAAAGCUAAUAACAUUCCCAUCAGCCUCAGCUGUACUUUGUGCUGAAUAUCAUGUGUUAGCAUGUUAAGCUAAAGCCUGAGUUGGUUCUGCUUAACAAGUAAUCUAAUCAUGAGCAUGCUGGCAUCAGAAUUUAGCUCAAAGCACAGCUGUAUCUGUUUCUUGCACCACAAGGCGGCAACAUCUUUUCUGCUUGCUCUUGAGGAUCACCAACAAAAAUCUCCUCCUCGUUUCAUUCCAGUUAGCUUUCACACUGUGUCUGCUCCUAGCUUUCUACGAAUGAAAUGCUUUGUGAUAUAAAUGUAUGAACAUUGUCAGUAGUAGUUCCAAAAAGCAAGAGUAUGUCGCUGUCCACUGUCUUCUAUCUGCUCUGCUGGAUCAGCACUGAAUAAUGAGUCACAGUGUUUUGAACUUGUGUGUACAUUAAACGAAUCCAAGGGCUUCCAAUAAUGUCAUUUUACACCCUAAUCUAAUUGUUGCAUCUUUUGAAGUUGUCAUGUUGGUCACAGAUGUCCUUGCAGUUGGGAUUUAUGAGGGAACUGGUGUUGGGUGUCAAGAACAGAACCCGUGAAGAACAACUUGCUCUGUUUGCUCAGAAAAAUAAACACAAUCCACUUUCAGAUA